AUGGGGGGAAGAAUUCCUAUGAUGUGUAACAUUGAAGAUAACGUAUCUCUUAAUCCACAAGAUAUAAAGUUUGGCUCCUAUGAAGCAGUGGUCAUCGAUGAAGUCAUGGGGACAGGAGCUGCAAAAGUGAAACAUGGUCUCUCCCUUAAACUGAAGGUAGAUAAGCAUGACAUAUACAUUGUUAUUUUAGUGGAAACGAGAACUCCUGACGUCAAUAGUAACAAGAUCCUGAAGAGCUCGAAGUUUGACAAGGUAUUAGUGGAGGAAGCCAAUGGUUUCUCUGGUGGCAUUUGGGUAAUGUGGAACUCAAAAAAGGCUAAAGAGCAAUCCCUUUCACAAACUUCUCAGUUUAUUCAUAUUUGUAUCGAGGUGGGGGAUCUCAAGAAAUUUCUAUGUACUGCUGUGUACGCAAGUUUGCAAGAAGAAACAAGGCAUGGUAUGUGGGAGGAUGUCUCCUUGCUCAGUCGUUCUAUUAUUGAUCUUUGGAUAUUGGCUGGCGAUUUUAACGAUAUUAAAAGUAGCUGUAAGAAGAAAGGAAACUAUAAUCUGAAUCUAGCAAAAUGCAGAAGGUUCCAAACCUUCUUAGACAAUUGUCAGGGCCAAAAAUGGAAUAAUCAUGGUAGAGUUUAUAAAAAGCUCGAUAGAAAUUGUGCUAACUUAAGGUGGAAGAUGGAAUUUGAAGACGUAGAUGCACGUGCUCUCCUAAAAAUUCUUUUUGAUCACAACUUUUUUAUCCUAUCAUUAUCCAAUAAAUCUCAGCAAUGGCAGGAUGUGGGGGAGGAGGUUAGGAAUGUGUGGAAUCGGCUAUGGGCUUGGAAGGGACCUCAAAAACAAAAGUUUUUUAUGUGGAAGAUUCUCCAUAAUAGGUUGCUUACAAAGCUGAGGCUCUCUCAAUGGGGUGCAAAUGACCCUACUUGCCCUUGUUAUAGGCUCGAAGAUGAAACGAUUAUCCACGCUCUAGGAGAUUGUGGAUGA